AUGCAAACAAGUCUUAAUCACAACAUAGCACCGAAGCAGUAUCAUAACAAUCGUUUAUAUGUACGUCAUCAUCGAUCGCGUCCACUGCGCUGCCGAUAUUCUUCGGAAACAACACCUCGCGGCGGCGAAAACGACGACGCAAUUAGGAUAACUGCUUGGGAGGAUUAUCAAGCGACGGAUCUUAUUCGGCUGGCCAACGAUGGAGAAGAAGAAGGAGAAGAAGAAGGAGAGAAAUACUACUUUGAAAUCGUGGAAAAGAUCGAUAAUUCUGGCGACGUUUCAUUCAUCGGUUAUAUCGACGGAAUUGAGUACCAACUGAACGUCUCGAAAACGGCCAAAGAAGCAAGACUCCACACUCGUGGUGGUGGUGGUGGUGGUGGACGAGAAGGAAAUUUUUCGUCUUCUUCCGUGCCGGAAGAGCUCCUCGCUUUCUGUCCCGAGUUUGAGAGUCUGCACAAAGAGCUAGUGACGGCAGGAAAGUAUCCGGUGUUGGAAGAGAUUCGACACAAACAAACGAUACAGGUAGACUGGGUCAAACACGAGAAGAUAACAGACUUGACAGCAUUGAAAACGAAAGCGUCUGAGAAUCCGGAUUUUUGGUCGUUGGGUACGACGCCAUCUCAACCACCGUUGACGGCAGUUGAGCGAUUAACAUUAAACGCGGGCGAAAUAUACGCGCUGCUUGCGGGUAAUCGUCCACUAGCGUUGAUUCAACUGUACGCACCGUUCGUCGAAGACGGGCAAGUACAACCAAUCGACUGCCCAUUCGUUAAGCGGGCUUUAAAAGAGUUGGUGACAACGACGCCGCAGAUUUUCUCGUGCGUAGCGUGUCGCAUUGAAGGUUCAACAGCUUUAAGCGCCGUAUUCUAUCCAAACAUAUCACCAAACAGGGAAAGAGCCGCACUUUUAGCUUCAUUUGGUGCGCAAGGCGCUUUGGUUGCGCAAUCGCCCUAUUACGGCGUCUUGAUAGGCGAAUGUCUUGGAUACACCCGAGAGAACAUAUAUCAUCACGUGAAAAAAACGUGUAACUUGCGCAGCGGUAUUUCUAAAGCCGUACUAGACCAAGUUGUACAUGAUUUACGCGAAUGUUCGCCGGUUGAUCCUCUUCAACGCUGGAGAAACGGAUACGAUGACGACGACGCGCUGAAAUUAGUUGCGAAUGGAAAUCCAAGAAAGCGCAGCAGGAAGAAGAAGAGAUUAUCUUCCUCGGUUGAAGCGUUAGAAGCAUUCCUCGGGAAGAAAAAAUGA